AUGGCAGUACCCAGUUCACCGGAGGUGCAUGACAUUGUGGUGACCUUGGACGACAUCGAGCGUCUCGGAAGGGCCAAGCUGGACCCUGUGUCCGGAGACUACUUCAACUCCGGGGCUGACCUUGAGCAGACUCUAAACGAGAACAAGACAGCAUACCUGAGGUUACGCCUGAGGCCGAGGGUACUCCGGAACGUGGCUCAGAGAAACAUGGAAGUCACUCUGCUGGGAGAUCAAAGGCUUUCCAUGCCGCUUGCCAUCUCACCAACGGCAUUCCAGAAGAAGGCGCAUUCAGACGGGGAAUUAGCCACAGCCAGAGCGGCCCUGAGAGCUGGUACCCUGAUGGUGCUGAGCAUCUACAGCACCACCUCGUUCGAAGACGUGAGGCAGGCUGCACCAGAGGGACUUCAGUGGUUCCAGCUGUACAUUUCCCCCGACCGUGAAAUCACCAAGACUCUCGUGAUUCGGGCUGAGAAGGCUGGCUUCAGGGCUCUCGUAGUCACUGUGGAUACACAAUUGUCUGGAAAGAUAAGCAGCAAGGCCAGGAUCGGUUUCAAACCACCCAGAGUACCGAACUUCGAAGGUACAGCGGUGAAUCCAUCAGAUGUGUACAAGGAGGUCCUUGAUCCUUCACUGACCUGGGACGCCAUCUCGUGGCUGAAGAGCAUUACGGAACUGCCGAUUAUCCUCAAGGGAAUAAUCACAGCCGAAGACGCGGAGGAGGCCGUCAGUCGUGGCGCUUCCGCCAUACUUGUAUCCAAUCAUGGUGGCCGGCACCUGGAUGGUUUGCCAGCAACGGUGGAGGCCCUCCCCGACAUCGUUGCUGCAGUCCGAGGCCGCGUCGAAGUCUACGUUGAUGGCGGUAUCCGUCGCGGCACGGACGUCAUCAAGGCCCUGGCACUCGGGGCCAAGGUCGUCUUCGUUGGUCGCCCUGCCAUCUGGGGACUGGCGUACAAGGGCGAAGCCGGCGUCAAUCAGAUGCUCGAAAUACUGAGAGAGGAGAUUGACAGGACGCUGGCACUCAUGGGGUGCUCUUCUCUUGACCAGCUGCGGCCUGACAUGGUUGUGCACGAGAGUCACUUUUCGAAGCCAUCACGACUUCUGCCCGCAACUUCAAACGGGAGUGCCUAA